GGUGAUGUGAACUGGUUCGUCAACUUUCUGCAGCACAACGUGUUAUUAUUCGAUCAACAGAAGCCUCACCAGCUGCACAACUAGACGAUGUUUCCGAGAUCUUUGCUGUUAGUCCUUGUACUUCUCCUGGACUUGGUCGUGGCAUCAAACCAACCUCCUGAUAGAACGACGAAAGCGUCCGGGGAAAAUGACGGGAUCACUCGAAGUUCGCCCUCGGGAGAAGGCACAGACUUCUGCACGGGAGCAGACUGUCCGGAAGGGAGGACAGAGGUAGGUGAAGAAACGCCAGAGUAUCGUCAGGGACACGGACAACCGUUCGGCUCUCACCGCCAGCCCGCCGGAGAGGUGGAGGUCCUCCCGUACAUGAUCUCCCCGCAGGACUUCCACCAACACUUCGUGACCAAACACAGACCUCUACUGUUUAAAGGAGGGGCGAAACACUGGCCUGCCUACACACUGUGGGAUGAAGAGUAUCUGAAGCAACAUAUGGGCAUGGAGCAGGACAAGGACCUGCAUCCUGACAUGAAGAAGGACGUGAUCCUGCCCACCUGCCUGCGCUGUGAGGAGAUGUACUCCCAGUCUUUCACAACUCAGCUCCAUACAGGCAGUGGGGAGGCCAGCUCAAGACUACACAUAGACACACAGGAGAACCUGUUUGCUGUCCUGCGUGGCCCCCAGACAGUGCUCCUGGUGUCACCACUUCAUUCUAACGAUGUUUAUGCAGAUGAGGCCAGGGUACUUGGGGUUUCUCCCGUGGACGUCGACUUUGUGGACAUGGAGAAGUAUCCAAGAGUGGCUGAUGUGCAGUACCAGAGGGCAGAUCUGGAGGCAGGAGACCUGCUGUAUGUCCCACAGAUGUGGUGGCGCCACGUCAGGGCAGACUCAGGCAGGCAGCAGGGGGUGGUCAUCAGGUGGAGGUCUAAACCUGCCGACAAACAGACACAGCAGCAGAACAGUCAGGCACAGCAGCAAAAUAGUCAGGUACAGGAGCAGACUGUGCCAGAGAGAAGGUACUCCUAUGGGCAGUGGCUGGCUGCAUAUGAGCUGUGGGUCCAGAACGAGCAGACUGUGCCAGAGAGAAGGUACUCCUAUGGGCAGUGGCUGGCUGCAUAUGAGCUGUGGGUCCAGAACGUGAGCAUCUCCAGCCCCAGGCUCACCUGCCACCAUCAGAACAGUCCCAUGAGCGUCUACAAUUUUGAGACCAUGAAGCAAGACCUGGACAUUUUUAAUGGACCUGAGCUGGAUGGGGAUGGAUGUCUGUUUGACGACCAGAACCCAAAGUGCCCGUGUCACUACGACCCGUGCCUGGAGGAUGACGCGGACCCACAGUGUAUCCGUUAUGUCCUGGACUACUGCCUGUACUUUGAAGACAGGGGCUGCAUCACAGAGCUCCCUCAGCUACUCAACAAACUCUACAAGACGGACUUUGAAAAACUGUCACAGACAAAGUCAGACUAUGUUCCCUAGAACUACUAAUGAUGAUAAUUCUGAAGUCAGAUUACAUUGCUUAGACUAACUGUAACCAGAAACAGGAAUACUAGUAGUGUUCAUGAUAUUUUCCCAUAGGCCAUUUUGCAAAUCAAGCUAAGAAAUUAGCACAGACUGUAUUGUUACACCCCUAUGUUCUGACACACCUAUGUUCCAACACCUUUUUGUUCCAGCAAUCCUGUGUCAGAACGCUGGGGUGUCAGAACAUAGGAGUGUCCCAGACUAUAAUGUAUUUCAUAUCUUUGACAGCUUUUGAAAUUUUCCAGAGAUUCUAUUUUUGUGGUAAUAAGGUUUACAGAGAUGAUGAAGGUUUUAAAAAUUGCUGGUACUGCUGUAGGUAACGUAAGUGAUAAAUUUGUAUAAACAGCUAUUUUGUUUGGCCGCGAAAGAAAGCAAACUUUGGAAAUACAAUGUCUUGCAAUUCUAAGUCAUCUGCUCUAAUCUCAGUUCACAUCUACUGUAGAACUUAAGAGCUCAUUAUAGACAAGGUCAUAUUUAUCCAAAUUAAAACGAUAAUGAUCUAUUCAACAUUAAUUAUUCUAGUUACUUAUUAAACCCACAAAUGUCAGAUGUCGAAUCUGAGGAAGCGAACUUGUCACUGGUGCGGACGCAAAAGGAAGCAUACCAAAUCAGACGACAAACCUGAUGGGGCACAUUUUGGCGGUAUUUUUGAAGCGGUAGUACGUGUACUGUGACCGUUGAGCAGGUAAGCUUAGUUUUCUCGUGACUUUACUUAACAGAACGAAUGAUUCUACGACAGAUGACGUAGACUACUGCGUUCAUUAUAUUCAUAUCGUAAAACCUGCGAAGCCAAACGUUCGUAAACAACGAGUUGCCCGGUUGUUCGAACACGACGCCCACCCCGUUUCUCACAAGUGCCCUGAGCGUUCCCCUUUGUGCUAGGACCCGACGUGUUCCCGCUGUUCUCUCGGGAUAAUUUUGACUUCGCUCCCGAUGCGGAUUGUGGCAGUAGACAAGUUUAUCUAGUAUCAAUGUUUGUGUGUACAAAGCAUACUGGCAGUCGCAAUGUUGAAUUUUGAGACUUCUGCAAAGCGUCGUAAACUGUUUACUAUGGAUAGGGCAUCUCAAUUUCAUUUUUGUUAAACAUGAAGGAUAUGAAGGUCAUCUCAAAGCCACAAUUUUCAACUAAGAGAAUUGGACUUUUGCAAGUGUACGACACCAGUCUUUGUCAUGGGAUGAAUUCUGCCCUUCUUCUUAACGAAUUCUACCAACACUAUGAACACGAUGAACUUUCAUGCCAACA